UCCGCGCCCACCUUGAGCUCGGGGCGGGGCGCCGGGCUGGCGUCACCAGGACAACGGGCGUCGCCGGCGCCGUGUGACUCGGGGCUGUGGGCGCGCGCGACGCUCUUCGGCCAUGGUUUUCUCAAACAAUGACGAAGGUUUAAUUAACAAAAAGUUACCCAAAGAACUUUUAUUAAGAAUAUUUUCCUUCUUGGAUAUAGUAACUUUGUGCCGAUGUGCACAGAUUUCUAAGGCUUGGAACGUCUUAGCCCUAGAUGGAAGCAACUGGCAAAGAAUAGAUCUUUUUAACUUUCAAACAGAUGUAGAGGGUCGAGUAGUGGAAAAUAUCUCAAAGCGAUGUGGUGGAUUCCUAAGGAAGCUCAGCUUGCGAGGCUGCAUUGGUGUGGGGGAUUCCUCCUUGAAGACCUUUGCACAGAACUGCCGAAACAUCGAACAUUUAAACCUCAAUGGGUGCACAAAAAUCACUGACAGCACGUGUUAUAGCCUUAGCAGAUUCUGCUCCAAGCUGAAGCACUUGGAUCUGACCUCCUGCGUGUCCAUUACAAACAGCUCCUUAAAGUGCAUCAGCGAGGGCUGCCGAAACCUGGAGUACUUGAACCUCUCUUGGUGCGAUCAGAUCACAAAGGAGGGCAUUGAGGCACUGGUGCGAGGGUGCCGGUGCCUGAAAGCCCUGCUCCUGCGGGGCUGCACGCAGCUAGAAGAUGAAGCUCUGAAACACAUCCAGAAUUACUGCCAUGAGCUUGUGAGCCUCAACCUGCAGUCCUGCUCACGCAUCACGGAUGAGGGUGUGGUGCAGAUAUGCAGGGGCUGCUGCCAGCUACAGGCCCUCAGCCUUUCUGGGUGCAGCAACCUGACCGAUGCAUCCCUGGCAGCACUGGGUUUGAACUGCCCGAGAAUGCAAAUUUUGGAGGCUGCUCGAUGCACCCAUUUGACUGAUGCAGGCUUUACACUUUUAGCACGGAACUGCCAUGACCUGGAGAAGAUGGAUCUUGAAGAAUGCAUCCUGAUAACCGACAGCACACUCAUCCAACUCUCCAUUCACUGUCCUAAGCUGCAAGCCCUGAGCCUGUCCCACUGUGAGCUCAUCACAGAUGAUGGGAUCCUGCAUCUCAGCAACAGUACCUGUGGCCACAAGAGGCUGAGGGUACUGGAGUUGGAUAACUGCCUCAUCACUGACGUGGCCCUUGAGCACUUAGAGAACUGCCAGGGCCUAGAGCGCCUUGAGCUAUACGACUGCCAGCAGGUCACUCGGGCAGGCAUCAAGCGGAUGCGGGCUCAGCUCCCCCAUGUCAAAGUCCAUGCCUACUUUGCUCCCGUCAUUCCACCCACAGCAGUGGCAGGAGGUGGACAGCGACUGUGCAGGUGCUGUGUCAUUCUCUGACAGUAACUGCUCAGGCCCAGGGAUAAUAAAAUAUCUCUCCCAGAGAAGACCAAUCUUCCUGACUACCCCACUGUCACCCAGAUCUGUCCCUUGGGAAAGGCAUUUACAGGUAAAACACUUUGAUGUGGACUGCAGUAACUGGUGAUAGUUCUCACCUUUAUUUUGCUGUGAUGCAAUCAGAUCAAAGCCUUGUGUCAGUCAACAUUUGGAAAGGAUAAUCUCAGUGCAGCCAAGAGCACACAAGAAACCCAGAUCCCUUAAGAGGUGGGUCUCUAUUCACAAGUCCUCCCCUAGGCUUUUAUAAGCAUCUUCAAAUGGACCAUCAGUGUUAGCACAAGCUGAGCAGAAAGAAUAACCUGAUUGUCUAUCUAAUCCUUAAAAGCCAGCGGGCUACUUUAGCCAAUGGGCUACUUGAUUCCAUUUCGAUUAGGACUUUUUCACUUUAAAGAUUGAAUAACAACUUUAUCCAAAUGACUAUACAGCAAAUUUGUAACACCCAAUAGUUUUAUAUGUAGAAGCUAGUGUGGAAGGAACAUUAAUCAGUUUCUAGGAGACACCAAAGAGGACUGUAAGCUGGUGGAGCAGGGUCUUCACCUUUCUUUGUCAGUUUGUCAUAACCACCUCUGAGGACCAAAAACUAAACAAAAGCAACUCAGUCUGUGUUUGCUGAUGGGCAAGGAUAAGCUCUGGCAUAUGCACAGCAUACAAUGCCUUUUUAAGGACAAAGCUAAUUAGGUCUACACUUUUGGGGAGAACUUACAGAAACAGAAUUAAGGCUUAAGUCAUUUAUAAUAUUAUUAAAAAUAAUGGAUGCAUGCA